AUCACUGGCACUUCUGCUGCUCAUCUUUGUGCUGCAUAUUAAUUAUUAAAGCAGUACUCCAUUUCUAAUGCAGAGAGAGUGAAUAUAGAGAAACAGAGAAAAUGGCGAAAUCAUUAGAAGUACAAAAGGCUUUUGGUUGGGCUGCCAAAGAUGCGUCUGGGAUCCUAUCUCCCUUCCAUUUCUCCCGAAGGGAAAAUGGUGAUGAAGAUGUGAGUGUAAAAAUCCUGUACUGUGGUGUGUGCCAUACUGACUUGCAUUCUUGCAGGAAUGAAUGGGGUAAUGCCCAUUACCCUUUGGUUCCAGGGCAUGAAAUUGUUGGUACCGUGACAAAAAUUGGGAACAAUGUGAAGAAAUUUAAAGUGGGUGAUAGGGUCGGUGUUGGGGUUAUGGUGGGUUCCUGCAUGUUAUGCGAAUAUUGCAACCAGGACCUGGAAAAUUACUGCCCUAAAAUUGUAUUUACUUACAACUCCAUUGACAAGGAUGGGACAAUAACUUAUGGUGGUUAUGCUGACAUGAUUGUUGUCAAUCAGCGCUUUGUGGUUCACUUUCCUGAUAGCUUACCUGCUGAUGCGGGUGCACCACUAUUAUGUGCUGGGAUCACAGUGUACAGCCCAAUGAAAUAUUAUGGAAUGACUGAACCAGGCAAACAUUUGGGAGUAGUAGGGCUUGGUGGUCUUGGCCAUGUUGCUGUGAAGAUUGCUAAGGCCUUUGGUUUGAAAGUUACUGUCAUUAGUUCCUCACCAGGUAAGGAGAGUGAAGCAAUUAAUAGACUUGGUGCUCAUGCGUUCCUUGUUAGCAGUGACCCAGGAAAAAUGAAGGGAGCUAUUGGUACUAUGGAUUACAUCAUUGAUACAGUGUCUGCAGCUCAUUCCCUGGUACCACUUCUUAGUCUGCUGAAGGCAAAUGGAAAGCUUAUCACUUUGGGCUUACCUAACAAGCCCCUGGAUCUGCCUAUUUUUCCACUAGUUUUAGGUAGGAAGCUUGUUGGAGGAAGCAACGUAGGAGGGACAAUAGAGACACAGGAGAUGCUGGAGUUCUGUGCAAAGCACAAUAUAACUGCAGACGUUGAAGUGAUCAGAAUGGAUGAAAUCAACACAGCCAUGGAUAGGCUUGCCAAAUCUGAUGUCAAGUACCGGUUUGUGAUUGAUGUGGGAAACUCCUUAUAUCAGCAGUGAACUUGUUCUGUUUCUAAAUCUUUUGAUUUGGAAGAAGUUAUAAUGCAUCAUUCCCUACUCUCACUUCCUGGGAGCCUGAAUCUUAGAAUAAAUUUUUAUCACAUCAUUUUAUAUAUUUGAUGUGAUUGAUGGAGCAUUGAAUGUGUUAAAUUUUGUUGGUCUGAAAGAGAUGUUUAUCUAUUUUGUUA